AUGUCUGACAACUCUUCCACCAUUGGUUCCUACGUGAACGCUGCCACUGGCAUUGCCCAGCGAGCUGUCGGUGCCGUCACCGGCGACUCCUCCGCCCAGGUCAAGGGUGAUAUCAACCAGGAGAAGGCUCAGGCCGAGCACGAUGCCUCCCACACUACCGCUAAGCUGGGACCCAUCUCCGCUGACCCCAACACCGGCGCCGUCGCCAAGGACGACUCUAACCGCACCACCGGCUCGUGGGACCAGACCAUCGGCUCUGCCAAGGAGUCCAUCGGCAACCUGAUCGGCAAUGACGAUCUCCGCCGCUCUGGUGCUGAGCAGAACGCUGCUGGAAAGGCUGAUGAAGCUAAGGGCCAGCUGAAGGAUCUUGGCUCCGGUAUUUCGGACCGUGUUACUGGUGCUGUUGGCUCCGUUGGUGCCGCUAUCGCUGGCGACCGUACUGAGGAGGAGAAUUUCCGUGACCAGCAUGACGAGGGCAAGGUUCGCCAGCGUGGUGCUGAGGCUGACAUUUCCAAGGCUUAA